CUCCUCCCCUCCGCCACCGCCUGCUUGUCAAACCGAGCCUCCUCCUCCGUCCCCUCCCAGCGGGUCUGCCUCCCUUUGCUACAGCACAGAAAGCCUUGGUGAAGGAGCCUGAAGCUGGGUUUUAAAGCCAGGACGAGAGACCUCAGAGAGUACCACAACCAUAUAUUUUGUAGUACUUCUCGCCACAUCUCGGCGACCUACCAACUCCCCCUCCCUCUCUCUCUCCCCUGUUGGACCUCUUUUCCGCCUGGAUUUCAUCAUCCGACCUGCAAGAUGGGAAAUGAAGGCAGUUUCCCGCUGGAGAUGUGCACGCAUUUCGAUGCUGAUGAGAUUAAGAGGCUAGGGAAGAGGUUUAAGAAACUCGACCUGGAUAACUCGGGCUCUCUGAGCGUGGAGGAGUUCAUGUCGCUGCCCGAGCUGCAGCAGAACCCGCUGGUGCAGAGGGUCAUCGACAUCUUCGAUACGGACGGGAACGGAGAGGUGGACUUCAAAGAGUUCAUCGAGGGAGUCUCACAGUUCAGCGUCAAGGGGGACAAAGAGCAGAAGCUCCGGUUCGCUUUCAGGAUCUACGACAUGGACAAGGACGGCUACAUCUCCAACGGCGAGCUCUUCCAGGUGCUGAAGAUGAUGGUGGGCAGCAACCUGAAGGACACGCAGCUGCAGCAGAUCGUGGACAAAACCAUCAUCAACGCAGACAGAGACGGAGACGGCAAGAUAUCCUUCGAAGAGUUCUGUUUAGUGGUCGGCGGUCUCGAUAUACACAAAAAGAUGGUGGUGGACGUGUGAGCGCUCCCUGCUCGUCGACCCCCUACCCACCCCCCCCCUCUCCUCCUCAACACUCGCUUUCUCCACCAUCUCUGAAGAUGUGCUCCAGACGUCCGGCAAAGCGCUCUCUGUGUAACUCAAUGGAAGUAUUCUCUCUCUCGCUCUCUCUCUCUCUCUCUGAAGCCACUCAUUCUGUCAGAAACCACAGGCCUUGUGAAGCCACACUGAAGUGUUAUUGAACUGUAAUCCUCUCAAUAACCAGGUCGUAGCACUUUAAGAGACUGAAGGACUUAUAACUGUCAUUUUUGGAGAGCAACUCCAUUUUUGGAUGGGGGGGGGGGGAGAAAGGAAAGGGGCUCAUUGGCUUGUUCAUAAUUCAUCCUUUCUUUUUCUUUUUUGUUAAUUGUUAUUUUUGAUAUUUAUGUUUUUGUUCUUGUCUUUUAUAAAGAAACACAAGUAUAUCUACGGUUGUCUCUUGAAGGGGAAGUGUAUAGCAUAUUAUGAACACUUGACUUACAGUACAACAACAAAGUAGGGUAUGAAGUGCCAACCAGAACAUAUCCAGAAACCAGUUCAAGUUAUUACCUUUCAUCAUUCAUGUCCCGCAGACCGGCACUCCCUCCAGUCAUAUUACAUGCAAACUACAUUUCAGAUUUUCCUUCCUCUGUUUUGAUUAGACCAGUAAAGCAAUCCAUGUUUGUCUUUGUCUGCGAGAAGCUAGUGUUAAUCAUACUUAAGAAUGUGUUUAUAUUGUUGGAGGUUAUCCUUGUUUUCCUGUCAUGAAAUCAUAGGUAGAUAUAUUAAUGCCAAGAAAAUGUCUUUCCAGAAAAAAUAAUUUGUGGCUGCAAACUGGUUUACUCUCUCAUUUAGCAGUGUGCAUCCAUGAGACAAUCUCCAAAGUAAAGAAAGGCUCUGCGUUCACACUGAGAUAUGUAUUUAAUGACAAGAGGCUGGAUUGACUUGGCUAAGAACUGGAAGAUAUAGUGUGAAUAGUGAGUACAUAGCAACUUAAAGGUGGGGUAGGUAAUUCACUUCAGAAACACUUUUUGUUAUAUUCCAUUGAAUGCUCUUAACAUCCCGAUAGCAAUUAAUACAUGAAAUGCUUUGACAAUAAAUACAUUAAAAAAUGUCAUCACUGGAAGCCGUGGCGCUGUAAAAAGCACGACCAAUCAUCUGAGCCGGCCCGGCUAAAAUAACUGGAUGGCCUACCUGCCUGUCAGCCUUCCAUCUCGUGCACAAACUUAUCGUGCCCUCAUUGGUCAUGUGCGCGUUCGUGUGUGUUGGAGGAGGGGCUCUGUAAUGAAGGGGCAGAUUUUUUCCGGUUGUGUAUUUUCAAAUUCUAGCGCACUCGAGCUGGUUUCUCCAUUCUUACCUACCCUACCUUUAAGAGACUUAUCUGCAGGCAGCGUUUUUAUAACCAUUAUCAAUGCACGCUCAUCUAUUACAGCAAUUGGAGCUCUUCUGAAUAUUUUCUCAGUGGACGGGUCAACACUUCAAUUCUUACCAUGUUGGCAUCAGUGUGCAAAGGGAUGGGCUGUAUACUUUAGUUUUUUUGGAACGUGUCCAUUUGGAAAGAUGGCUUCCUCUCCCACUUCUUUGUUCUGUCUUUUUCUCCCCUCACACCCAGUAAGACAAACAUGGAGAAAUUCAACCACAUUUUGUAUUUAUUAUAGGAAUAUGCUUCCUAUUAUAAACAUAAUUUUGCUUCUGAGGCCAGCUUCAGGUUUGAUCAGCAGUUUUCCAAAAGCUCUGCAUCGCCUGGGUCUCCCUGUGCUUGCAUGACAUGGAAAUAUAUAUUUUUUGGUUGUGCAUGUAGAUCCAUUUUUUUGGGAAAUAAUCCUCUUGUUUACACAUGGAUGGUGAUGUUAAUAUAUUUAAGAAUGUAAUGGUAUACAAUAUGGAUGUUGCCAAACGUUGGUAAAUGUACACAUACCAUGAGAGGUAAUCCAAAUGAACUGAACUACAUGUUUUGUAUUUAACCGGGUCAGCCAGAUGCUUCUAUUCCAGUAAAGGUUGCAUAUCUGAUCCUGUCUCAAACUGCCACACACUGUACUCAGCUUAAAGGGGAUAUUUUAAUGUUUUUCUUUCUUUUGUAUAUAAGUAUUUGUUAAAUGCAGUUCUGGCUCUCUGUUCUCUGUAUAGUUCAGACCGCGCUUUAGGUUGUAAGUGCUAUUUUUCUCAGAGGGACUCGGUUUCUUUUUAGUUUGUGUGGGGAUAUCUGAAGUUUUUCCUUUUCUCUGCAUGCUGCAUCUUAUGCUGUGGGACUGUUGGAAACUUGAUACUGUAUGAAAUUAAAUUCAUUUAAAUAAACUUUGAAAUGUUAAAAGUUU